AUGGGACUGAGGUGCGGCGUGAGGACCACCAAGUGCCAACUUCUGGUGACCUGCCUCUGCGUCAUGCUGCUGGGGUUGUCCAUCGCCACGCUGAGCACAGUCACUCACUACGGGCUCCAUUUCACCCUCCUCAGCAACAUCUCUCUGGAGACCAACUCCUACAGGGUCAUCCACCACGCAGCUUUCUACUUUGGGAUCUGCCUCAGCAUGACCCUCAUCCUCGCAGCCCUGCUGAGCUCUGCCGCCAUGGUGCGGGAAUCGCAGUGCCUCACCGCCAUGGGAUUUUUCUGUUUUGCUCUGGCCUUCUGCGGAUUGAUCCCAGCUGCCUGCUGGAGAUACAUGCACAGCACGGAGGUGGAAGGCAGCAUGAUGGAUGUGUAUGAUCUUGUGUAUGAGGAGGUGAGGAGGAACGCCUCCAGUUUCAGGAGGCACGAGCUGACUGCCAUCCACGAAACAUUCUUGUGCUGCGGGAAACACUCUCCAUUUGGAGACACGGCCAACGUUGAGCACAAGACAUGCCCAUCCAGCCAGUUGCGCGACGCGGGACAGGACUGCCUGCAAGAGAUCCGGGACUUCCUGAAGAAGCACAUGGACUUCGUCUCCACGCUGCUGGGCAUCACCAUCGGCUUCACGGUUUACGGGAUGAUCCUGACCUCAUUCCUCUGGUUCUCCAUCCACUUCAGCAGCAACCUGGACCGGAAAGGCAAAUACAUCUUGCGAGAGAGGUAG